AUGAAAGGUCGCUGGCGUUACACUCGGCUGCCCAGCCAGGUGGAGGACGCUCUGUCUGCGGAGGAGGGUGAGGAGGAGGAAGGGGAGACAGCCCCAGCCCCAGCCCCCGUCUCAGCUCCUGCUCCGGAAGAUCCCGUGGGACCCCAACUGGCAGAAGCCAGCCAGGUUCUAGGAGCCUCGGAGAUUAAGCAGCUCAGCCUCCACCUCCCGCCACGAGUCACCGGACAUCCCUGGAGCCUGGCCUUCUGCACGUCGAGAGAUGGCUUCAGCCUGCGGAGCCUGUACAGGCAGAUGGAAGGCCACAGUGGGCCGGUGCUGCUGGUGCUGAGGGACCAGGAUGGCCAGAUGUUUGGAGCCUUCUCUUCCUCAGCCAUUCGACUCAGCAAAGGCUUCUAUGGUACCGGAGAGACAUUCCUCUUCUCCUUCUCCCCACAGCUAAAGGUCUUUAAGUGGACAGGAAGCAACUCUUUCUUUGUGAAAGGAGACUUGGAUUCACUGAUGAUGGGCAGCAGCAGUGGCCAGUUUGGGCUGUGGUUGGAUGGAGACUUGUACCAUGGGGGAAGCCACCCUUGUGCAACCUUCAAUAAUGAGGUGCUGGCCCGGCAAGAGCAGUUCUGCAUCAAGGAGCUGGAGGCCUGGGUCCUGAGCUGA